AUGUCGGCCUAUCCUAUCUCACAGGCGAUUCUAUGUAAUGUAAAUAUUAAGGACAUCGCAAAGAUGAUCGAGAGCUCGAGCGACAAGCCUUCUUUACGUGCACCAUUGCUGGAGUUGAUCAGGAUACUUGCUCGCGAUAAAAGACAGUUGGACGUGUUGCUUACAGAAGCAGUACGUAGCUUCAUAAUACGUGCAAGUGGGCACUCGGAUACGAACUCCGAGGUUCUCCAAGAUGUCAUUGAAGCAGAUAAGUGUUUGGUGAAUACACUAUUCAAUUCCAGUGUUAUGCGACAUACCUUCGAGGCAGAAGCGAUUCCAUUUCUACUCGAGCGUAUUUCGGCUUUCACUAAUGCAAAUUAUUCUGGUCGAUAUGAAUGGAUCAAUGAAGUGCCUGAAGAUUCACGAAAUUCGCUUUGGCUGUUUGAUUUACGUAUUGCUUUCUUGACAUCUGCACAUUCGCCAUCGAUACAGUCGAACUGGGGCAAUUCCCCUUUUGCUCUCAAAACAUUCCUCGACGUGAUCCGUCAAUACAUCACUGCUGCGGAUGACCUUGAAGAAAUCGAGCCAGAAAAAGCUACGAGUCGCUUAGGUGUAUUAUCUGAACGUGCUGGGGAAGCUGCUAAAGUCCUUUUCAAUAUCACAUACAAAAGGCCCGAUCAGCUCGAUGAGCAAUUCACCAAUGAAAUCACUGAAAUUGUGUGCAAGCUAGUGAAAGGCAAGCACUCUUCACCGGCCAUGGAACAGCAUGCUGUGAAUCUGUUGUCCACACUGAAGCUCAACAUAAACAUGCUUUGUCCCAAGAUGAACUCGGGUAACGAUGGACACACAGAGCAGUACGACCUUUAUGACAUGUCAUUUGCUCAAGCUCUCUUGGAUGCGAUGGAGCGAAAACUUGAUGACAACAACAACUCCGAUUCCGAUUUGCUGAGCACAUAUUUGGGUUCCGCUCUGAAACUUUGCACGGCUAGCAAGGAAGCUCGUCGUUAUUGCAGACUCAAGAUUUUACCCCCACUCGUGGCAGCUGAUGUCGCUCGUCGUCCUGACGAGGGUGACUCUCUCAGAAAUAAGAUUGUUCGUGUGAUGAUGAGCCCUGCAUUCUCCGAAAAGACCCUUGCUUACGGAAUUUGUUCCGUCUACGCAGCAAUGAUGCCGGCUCAUCAAAAUACACGGUCUCUCCGACUCAUCCUCUCCCGCCCCGCACCCCUCUUAGCUAACUGCGGUCUUCUUGGGCAAAUAAAUCUUCCUAAGAGCGCUUCGGACAGUGAAGAUUCAGAAACAGAAGACUACAAAGCUGUUGAAGACAGAAUAAAUCCGUGA